AUGGAACCUGCACAGUCUGCGAAGGGCAUCUGCCCAAGGCAGGCCAUGCUCUCGGACUGCAAGGACUCCCACAAUUUUUCCCUUCAUGCUGCAUGCCGUAGAAUUCCCGCUAGCUACUUAUCUCAAGUCGCAUUUUUGACGAGGAUCCAAAGACAGAUCCUGUAUCCCUGCGGCAUGGGCCGUCUGCCCAUGCACGUCCCAAGCGCAAGAUGCCUCGGGGGCCGCAGCGCGGGGCCGCAGAGCCGAAGCGACUUUGUACCUUCCGGUCGGCAGCUGUCAACCGCCUCUGUGGCCACAGCUGUCGCAAGGAUCUCAGCACGGGGCCGGGCAAAACAGCCGCCCCUUGUGCGCAAGAGAUGUUCCACAGGAUGUUUAGAUGGGCCCGUGGAAAGCUGCAUUCCCUGCAGCCCCAAGCCCUUGGAAUUACAAGGCUGCGAAGCCACAGCUGCCACAUCCUUAGUUUUCGGAGCCGUCUGCGAAUUCUUAUUCCAGGAGCAGGAUGUCGUACUGGCCGGAUGCUCAUUGCCAAAUCGGCCUCCAAGGAAAGACAUGCGAUUGAGGCCCUUUGAUGCCAUCCACUGUGUAUGUCAGAACAAACAUAGGAUAUCGGGAAUUUACAUGGGGAUCUGGGGCCCUUCACAACGGAACUAG